GAAUUUAAAUUGGGGACUACGAAGGUUGAUGAGCCGGGAAACACUCUUUCUUCCUACGGGGUUUCUUAUGGGAGUAUGAGUGAAAAAAAAGCAAAAAAUCUUCCCUCCUUUACUUUCUCACAGAAAACCGCAAACAAAAUCAUCACCUUCGUAGUCCCCAAUUCAUGUUGGACAAAUCAGUCGAUUAAAGAAUGGGGAUUUUGUUGGGUGUACUCAGAGCCGUUGGAAAAGUUUUCUGACGGCUGACAAGUUUUUUUGGUGCGAAGAAUAUUCUUUGAAAUUAAUUGAAAGUAUUACUACAAAGUAAAUUAUUUUGAUUUACAUACUUAAAUUAAACUUUGGCAAGUGGUAGGUGAGACUUUAAGCUCAUCACACAUCAUUUGGAAUAUUCAACAACAGUUCUGAGAGACCAAAAUACUGAUUCCAUUAAAGUUUUGCUGUGUGCAUUUUCUGGAAAAGCCGCCUUUCUCAUCGGAGGAAACACAUUACACUCUGCAUUUGCUCUACCACUACAAGAAAACGCGAAAAUGUCAGAUUUACCCAUGGAUGUUGCCAACAAUUUAAGACAACAAUUGAAGGACUGCAAAUUGGUCAUAGUUGAUGAGAUAUCGAUGGUUGGAAGCACCAUUUUCAGUCGGAUCGAUACAAGGUUGCGGCAAAUCACUGGACGAAACGAAAGCUUUGGUGGAUUAUCGGUAAUUACAGUUGGCGAUUUUCUUCAAUUACCACCUGUAAAAGACUCGGCCAUCUUCUUGACUCCAAGGCACAGUCUAAUCAAAACAAACAUCUCACCAUUAUGGGGCGAAUUUAACCUUUAUGAGCUGACAGAGGUUAUGCGACAGAAAGACGAUUUGAGCUUUGUUAAAGCUCUUAAUAGUUUUGCUCGUGGAGAAAUGACCGACGAAGACAUCAAAAUCAUAAAAUCCAGAGAAAUAGAGGAAGAUCAAGUACCUGAUGAAGCCAUCAGACUUUACUAUACGAACGCAAAUGUUAAUAAAUAUAAUGACAAGAAGAUAUCGGAAUCACUCGCAUCUGAAAUUGAGUGCAAUGCUGUUGACACGAUAACAGGAAAACUGAAACCGAAUCAAAGAGCUACAAAAAUUAAAAUGUGGCGUGAACGACCAACUAAGGAUUGUGGAGGAUAUCCAUAUACGAUCCGGUUCAAAGAAGGAAUCAAAUACAUGCUGACAGCUAAUCUUGACGUGGCAGAUGGAUUAGUUAAUGGAGCUACUGGAGUUUUAAAAUAUGUUUUCUGCAAUCCUGGUACUGAAAAACCCUCUAUUGUAUUUCUUAAAUUCGAUUCUAUUAAUGUAGGCAAAAAGAUACGAAACCAAUACAGGAACUUCAUGGAAAACAACAGGAUCAACCUCAGUUGGACGCCCAUCCCUAGGAAAGUAUACAACCUGACAACGCAUUUUCAGAAGGAUUACCAGAUGAUUCGGGAUCAGUUUCCAAUAGUACCCUGCGAAGCUCUAACUAUUCAUAAAAGUCAGGUCAAACAUACAGACAUGUUUGUAUUGAUUUUAGGAAGUCUGGUAACCUUACCCGUCAGUUAGUUUAUGUAGAGCUCAGCCGCGUGACGAGUCUUUCAGGACUUUAUAUUCUAGGUAAUUUUCCUGGAAAUAUGAAAAGUAAUAAUACAAUUGAUGCUUGUUUGAACGAAAUGGAUAGACUAAGAAAAGAACGGCCAUUGUCACUUGUUUACAAUAAUUUAGUUAACGUAUCAGGGCUCAAAGUAGUUUAUUUGAAUAUUCGAUCAUUACGAGCGAAUAAAAAGCAUGUAGACGUGGACCCAUGGUAUUUCCGCUGUGAUAUAUUAAUUUUCUCAGAAACUUGCUUGUACGCUAAUGAAAAGAUUGCAUUUCCUGGAUUCAAUUUGGUCUAUCGUUCAGAUACUUUUAAUUAUCCGGAUUAUGUUAAAAAGAACAUUGCCAAAGGAAUUAUUUGUUUUGUAAGAAGCAGUUUAAAAGCAAACGUUGUCGACUAUUGUACCGAAUUCAAGGCGGAUCAAAAGGGACAUUAUCAUAGUCACAUAGAUUUGGUAAAAUUAGUCGUCAAUGGAAUUCUGAUAAUAAGUGGAUACAAAUCACCAAAAGUAAGUGUUUGCGAUUUCAAAGAUACAAUGCUUCGAUUUCAGUUAGAGGAAUCUUGUCCAACAAUUGUCAUAGGUGAUUUCAAUUUCAAUCUUAAUGAUACAAGAAAUGCACAAAUCCAUGAGUUCAGUUCCUUUAUGAUCGGCCUUUCAUAUGUUUCGAAACUACCGCCAACAGAAGCAACAACUAUUUUGGGUUCACGACUAGAUGUAGUAUACGCCAAUUUUGAAUAUAUUACUGCUGGAGUUUACGAAUGCUACUUUUCUGAUCAUAAACCAAUAUAUUGUAUUAUUUAUAGUAAGCAACCAUGUUUUGAUGAUGUGAAAAAAAUUGACAAUGAUAAUAUUCAACUGUUUGGAAAGUCUUCCGACCUAGUAUCCGUAGAUAGUAUAUCAAUAGCAUCUUGUGUGGACUUAUCAUCCGAAUGUAGUAGCAUCCGAUCGAGCAAUAGGAAUAUUGUUAGUUUAUCCUUUCAGUACAGUGAUUUUGAAUCAGAUUCUGAGCAUUUAAAUCUAGAUAACAGCAUUAAAGAGUGGAUUAACUCAGUAGAUACAACAAAUGAUGCAUAUGAUAAUGGUAAUGAAAAAUUGCUCAAAAAUGUUUAACAGGUAUUUUAUAACGAUCCAUAUACAUUUACUAAUUCAGAAGAAUUGCUGAUAGCUUCUACAGAUGGCAAUGUAAUGCGUUACAAAAGUGAUAUUGACCACAUUGCAAACUACUUACGGACAUUACCUACUAACAUUUUUAAAUGUAGCAGAGAUAGACCAUUGUCAGUUCAAACAUUGAAUGGAUUCUUGGAGGUUCCUAUAACUGGAGAUGGCGGUUGCCAAUUUAAUGCGAUUUCGUAUGCAUUCGUAGGAAAUGAAAGUUUUUCUUUUGAUCUCAGAGCAAUUGCAUUCCAAGCCGUAAUAGAAAACAUACAUCUUUUCGAGAAAAUCAAAAACACCAUUGGUUUGGAAUCAGACACAUUAUUUAACCUUCUUCAGAUAUGUUGUUCAGAAAGAUUAUUCGGUAACCUUGACACCCUGUUUGCUCUCAGUAUGGCUCUUGAACGAAUUAUAUUUAUCAUGCUGCAUCACGAAAACGGAGAACAACGGUUUGUUAAAGUUGAACCACCAAGUUACAGUAAUACUGAUUUACCAAUAUUACUGCAUUUGACAAGACCAGGUCAAGCAGACGCACAUUAUAAUGUUCUCCUUCCAUCUGAUGUAAACACACCAUACGACUUUACAUGCUACGAUGUGUAUAACUUGAAUCAUAUAGUGAUGAGUUAAAGGACGUUGGUGUAACCUGCUGAAACAAAUCGUCGAUUAGAAAUAAACCAUAUUAGCUAAAAUCUUCUGAAACUGCUGAAAAUCAUAUUAGCUAAAGUCUUCUGAAAAU